AUGUCCGACAAGGGCAGCUCCGUCCCCUCGGGCGGCGUCGGCCCCGGGACCGAAAAGGUCCUCCCCAUCCACGAGUCCGACGCGGCCGACAACAAGGUCGUCCAGGGCGAGACCUUUGCCGCCACCUUCCAGGAGGAGGAUUUCUGGACGCGCAGCGGCCUCAACCUCAAGUCGUUCCAGCGGCGGCACUAUGGCCGCGGCAUCGUCGAGCUCGACCGCGCCAUGAAGACGCGCCACCUGCACAUGAUUGCCAUUGGCGGCUCCAUCGGCGCGGGCUUCUUCGUCGGCUCGGGUGGUGCCCUGGCCAAGGGUGGUCCCGCUUCUGUCCUGUUGUGCUUCUGCAUUGUCGGCUUCAUGGUCUUCAACGUCGUCUUCGCCCUGGGCGAGCUGGCCAUCAUGUAUCCCAUCUCUGGCGGCUUCUACACCUAUGCGACCCGGUUUAUUGAUCCCUCGUUUGGCUUUGCCGUCGGAUGGAACUACCUAUUCCUAUGGAGCGUCGUGCUGCCGCUAGAACUAACAGUAUGCUCUCUCGUCAUCCAGUAUUGGGACCAAGAGACAAGCGUGGCCGUAUGGAUUACCAUCUUCCUCGUCGCCGUCAUCGUCGUCAACAUCUUUGGCGCCAUCGGCUUCGCGGAGGAAGAGUUCUGGGCCUCGUCGCUAAAGCUCGUCGCUACUGUUAUCUUCAUGAUCAUCGCGCUAGUCCUCGUCCUCGGCGGCGGGCCUGAGCGCGGCCGGUACAACGAAUACUGGGGAGCGCGGUAUUGGUACGAGCCGGGGGCGUUCCGCAACGGGUUCCGCGGCUUCUGCGCCGUCUUCGUCACCGCCGCCUUCUCCUUUACCGGCACGGAGCUUGUGGGCCUCGCCGCCGCCGAGACGAGCAACCCGGUCCGAUCUCUACCCGGCGCCAUCAAGCAGGUCUUUUGGCGAGUCGUCUUGUUCUACGUGCUGGGCCUGUUCUUCGUCGGUCUCCUGGUUCCGUCGGAUGACCCGCGUCUGCUCUCGGACCAGGCGUUCACGGACGUCAAGGCCUCGCCGUGGGUGCUCAUCGGCAAAUAUGCCGGUCUGGACGGCCUCGAUCACUUCAUGAACGUCAUCAUCCUCAUCUCGGUGCUCUCUAUCGGCGUGUCGGCCGUCUUCGGAGGGUCGCGCACCUUGACUGCCCUUGCGCAGCAGGGCUACGCUCCCAAGAUUUUCACCUACAUUGAUCGCUCCGGCCGACCGCUGUUCUCGGUGCUCGUCCUGAUCCUCACGGGUCCCCUUGCGUACAUCAACCUCAGCGCAUCUGGUCCCGUGGUGUUCGAUUGGCUGCAGGCUCUCUCCGGUCUCGCGAUUUUGUUUUCGUGGGGCGCCAUCUGCUUGGCUCACAUCCGCUUCCGUUCCGCCUGGGCGUAUCACGGCCACUCCCUCGAGGAGAUUCCCUUCCACGCCAUCUUUGGCGUUUGGGGAUCCUGGAUUGGUCUGAUUCUGUGUGUCGUCGUUCUCGCUGCCCAGUUCUUCACCGCCAUCGCUCCCCCGGGCAAGACGGGCGUCAACAACGCCGAGGGCUUCUUCAAGUCCUACCUUGCCUUCCCGAUCGUCAUCGCCUUCUGGAUCUUCGGCUUCGUCUGGAAGAGGACGGGGUGGCUGCGCCUGGACCAGAUUGACGUCGACACCGGCCGUCGCGAGCUGGACUGGGACCAGAUCCGCGCGUACAGAGAGCAUAUCAAGAGCCUCCCGACGUGGAGGAGGUGGUUGAACAAGUUAUUCUGA